AUGGAGGCGAUCGACGAGCUCGUUCAACUGUCAGGGUCUAUGCCCCAGGCCGCGACGCUGCUGGCGGAUGAAGAUGCAUACAAGAAUUUGAGUUCUAGUUCUUCUCGUAGAGGUUCAACUUUUCUUAACAUUGUUGCUCUUGGAAAUGUCGGUGCUGGUAAAUCCGUAGUUUUGAACAGUUUGAUUGGACAUCCUGUUUUGCCUACUGGAGAAAAUGGUGCUACUCGGGCUCCAAUAUGUAUUGAUUUACAAAAGGAUGGUUCCCUAAGCAGCAAGUUGAUCAUCUUACAAAUUGACAACAAAUCUCAACAAGUUUCUACAAAAGCUCUUCGACAUUCUCUCCAAGACAGGCUGAGUAAGGGUGCCUCAGGCAAGAGCCAAGAUGAAAUAUAUUUGAAGCUACGAACUAGUACAACACCUCCUCUGAAACUAGUUGAUUUGCUUGGAUUGGAUCAACGAAUUAUGGAUGAGACAUUGGUGAGUGACUAUGCUCAGCACAAUGAUGCCAUUUUGCUGGUUAUUGUACCUACUAUCCAUGAACCUGAAAUGGCUUCAUCUCGAGCUCUCAAAAUUGCCAAGGAAUAUGAUGGAGAUGGUACAAGAACAAUCGGUGUAAUUAGUAAAAUAGAUCAAGCUACAUCAGACCAUAAAAUCCUUGUUGCUGUUCAGGCUCUCCUGUUAAAUCAGGGUCCUAGAAGUACAUCUAAAAUGCCAUGGGUUGCUUUAAUUGGGCAAUCUGUUUCAAUUGCCUCUACAUAG